AUGUCCCCCAUGCUCAAGAAGGCUAUCACCGUCUCCAUCCCCUCUGUCCGCCAGGCACUCGCCCGCUCCAACCCCGUCCUGGCCAAUGCCCUUCUCGCCAAGCGCACCUACAACAGCAAGGGAGGCGUCGAGAUGACUGUCCGUGAUGCUUUGAACUCUGCUUUGGAGGAAGAGAUGACCGCUGACGAGAAGGUUUACCUCUUGGGUGAGGAAGUCGGUCAGUACAACGGUGCCUACAAGGUCUCCAAGGGUCUUUUGGACAAGUUCGGCCCCAAGCGUGUCAUUGAUACCCCCAUUACCGAGUCUGGAUUCUGUGGUCUCGCUGUCGGGUCUGCUUUCGCUGGAUUGAAGCCCGUCUGCGAGUUCAUGACCUGGAACUUUGCCAUGCAGGCCAUUGACCAGAUUGUCAACUCUGCCGCCAAGACCCACUACAUGUCCGGUGGUAACGUCAACUGCCCCAUCACUUUCCGUGGCCCCAACGGUGCCGCUGCUGGUGUUGCUGCCCAGCACUCCCAGUGCUUCGCUGCCUGGUACGGAUCCGUCCCUGGUCUCAAGGUCGUCUCCCCCUGGAACUCUGAGGAUGCCAAGGGCUUGUUGAAGGCUGCUAUCCGUGACCCCAACCCCGUUGUUGUCCUCGAGAACGAGCUCAUGUACGGUAUCUCAUUCCCCAUGUCUGAGGCUGCUUUGUCUAAAGACUUUGUUAUCGAGAUCGGCAAGGCCAAGAUUGAGAAGGAGGGAACCGAUGUCACCAUUGUUGCCCACUCCCGCUCUGUCGGUUUUGCUUUGGAGGCAGCCAUGCUCUUGGAGAAGGAGGGUAUCUGCAGCGCUGAGGUCAUUAACUUGCGUUCGAUCCGCCCCUUGGAUACCGAGACCAUCAUCAAGUCCGUCAAGAAGACCAACCGCCUUGUCACCGUUGAGGGAGGCUGGCCCCAGUACGGAGUUGGAUCUGAGAUCUGCGCCCAGAUCAUGGAGUCUGAGGCCUUUGACCACUUGGAUGCCCCCGUUGUCCGUGUUACUGGUGCUGAUGUCCCCACCCCAUAUGCCCAGAACCUCGAGGCCUUUGCCUUCCCCGACACCGACGUCAUUGCUCGCGUCGUGAAGCGCACCCUCAACAAGAAGAUUGGUGCUUAA